CGGACCUAUUCUACAUUUGUCACCCAGCAAGAACUGUUAUAAGGGCCCCUUAUCUCCAGGUCAAGUAUUGCUUCUUGUUACCACCCCCAUCCUGUGGGCUAGCCAUGGCCAGCUCGUCCAGGAAGUUUAUUGGCGCUGUCCAGGAUGAGUGGCAGAUGUUCAGUGACUGCCCUCGUGAUUAUACCGUUGGCGCACCCAUAGGUUUCGGAGCAUCCUCUAUUGUUUACGACGCUGUCUGCCAUCUCCUUCCUCCGCAACCCUCGAUUCAAUGUGCUCUCAAGGUUCUUGACCUCGAUGUCCUCCCUCCCCGAUCUCUUUCUUUGCUGCAGCGCGAAACUCAACUUAUGUCCCUCUCAAAACAUCCGAACGUCCUACGUGUUCGUGGUUCGUGGAUAGAUGGCCACAAAUUAUACAUUGCCCUUCGCCUCAUGAACAAAGGGAGUGCUGCGGACAUCAUGCGUUAUGGCUGGCCAGGUGGCAUGGAAGAGGAAGUGAUCAAGUGUAUCCUCAAGCAAGCUCUUGAAGGCCUUAAUUACUUGCAUGUGAACGGCUUCAUUCAUCGCGAUAUCAAGGCAGCUAACCUAUUAAUCGACGAUGAUGGCACUGUUCUCUUGGGUGAUCUAGGCGUAGCAGCAUCUCUUACCGAAGACACAGACUUCUCUUGCCGACCCACUCUAAAUUAUGAGGAGGGGACGACGAACUCUGAUCGUGUUCAAGCACAACGGAGCUCAGUUACAGGGCGCACACGCCCUCAAGUGGGAAAGCGGAAAUCCUUUGUUGGGACGCCGUGCUGGAUGGCCCCGGAACUUAUCGAAGGAAAGCGAUACGACGCAAAAGCCGACAUAUGGUCGUUUGGCAUAACCUGUAUCGAGUUGACACAGGGGCGGCCUCCAAGAUCACGUGAAAGCCCUCAUUCUGUUUUGUUGCAGAUUGUCCAAGGGAAGCCACCUACCUUAGACCGAGAUAGUGGCGUUCAUCGAUACUCUCAAACUUUCAAAGACAUUGUUGACGCCUGCCUUACAAAGGACCCUGCCAAGCGGCCGACAGCUGCACAGCUCUUGCAGACACAAUUCUUCAGAAGCGCGAAGAAGAAGUCAUACCUUAUAGGGACGAUCUUAGCUGAUCUUCCACCUCUCGCAGUUCGCCAGGAGCGACGAAAAUAUCCACCGAGUCUCACGAGCCAAGGUACGGUGGAUUCGUGGGAUUUCAGCUCGUCCGUAAUCGGGUCCAGUGCCCCAUCUAUACGCGGGACGAUCAAUUCAAGAGUACCUCAGGGUGCAAGGAACUUCUCGCCACCCCUCAGCUUCAGGGGAAGUUUCGAAGUGGACUCCUUCCAACGUUCCGUUCUGUCACGCAAAGAUCUUCACCCACAAAUCGACCUGGUGGCGCCUGAAGAUAUACAGGAGGAACACUUUUCUAAUCCACGUGUCGCUAUAGCCACAGGCAGUCCACCAACCGCCAGCCAUCUGCUGCUGGAGACUAUGGAUUUAAAAGAUGAGACGGAACCAGAUAUCCUAGGAUCACUACUUCUACCCCUUUCGUCUUCCCCAACCGCAUCUUCAGAAUCUUCGCGAUCUAAAUCCUCGCAGUUGCAGGAAUUGGAACAAGAGCCGACCAUCCCGUUGGAAGACCAGCGUGUCUCCACUUCUGCCCCAAUUCCAAUUCGUCGGCGCCUGCGUUCCAUGUCAAUAUCUCUUGUUUCAACCUCGCCUCACACGGAGAUGCCAAGUGCAGCGCUACCUGCCACUGCGCCGAGCGUAUGGGGCAGGAUUGCCCGCAGCGCGUCUCGCAAUGUUCUCAAGGGCGACGAAUUGCCCGCGAAGGAUAGCAAGACAGGCGGAAUUGCACGUUUCUUUGGUAGGCGUGGGUCACUUUUGUCGUACUCACAGCGUCCCCGUUUGCUAUCAUGAGUGGAGCAGUAUACUAUUACAUAUACCCUCGCGUACCCUUACCGAACGCGACUUCGCAUUUCUUUCAGUUCGUUGGAGCUUAUUUUCGUUUUGAGG